UUCAAAUAUCAGUACAACGACGUCUGUUGAACCCAUAACACGCGAUCUUCUCACGCUCACGCUCGAUACGUGGUAUAACGACAAAAUAAUACGGUUUAUUUUGAUUUUUGUUUGUUAUUGAAUUGAAAUCACAAAAACAAAACAAAAAAAAAAACUAAACGCGAUCGAUCAAACGUUUCAAAGUGAUUUGAAGGCACAACAACAAUUAUAAAAAAGUGAUGAUGAAGUGUUUUUGUAGUUAGAUUAAAUAAAUAAAAUAAAAAUAAUGCUAAAAUAUAGAAAAUAAUUGAAGUGGAAAAUUAUUUAAAAAAAUCAAUUUAAAAAAAAUAACAAAAAAAAUCACAAGUAAAUAAAAGUUUUUAAAAUUAAAGUGAGUAAAAAAAAUUUAUAAGAAAAAUAUUCUAUACAAAAAGAAUUUGUUUGGAAAUAAAAAGAAUCAAAAGUAAAAAAAAAGAGAAAGAAACAAAAUAAUAAUAAACAAAUGAUCAGUGGCGCAUCAAGGUGAUCAUGCGUUGUUGUUACUGAAGUGUAUUAUAAGCUAAACGAGACCUUUAACGUUAAACACAUAGACGUGUUUGUCGUCGUCGUGUUUUUGUUACCAAAAAAAAAAAAAAAAGAAUUAAAAGAAAAAAAAUAAUAAUAAAUUUAUACAAAAAAACUAAGCUGUUGAUUUAAAUAAUAACAAUAAUUUAUAUAUAAUAAAAAAAUAAAUAAAUUACAUAUAUUUAAAAAUAACAAUUAUAAAAAAAACCUUAAUUAAAACGCUUAAAAAAAAAACAAAGCGUUUACACCUUCAACAACUGUCAGCCAACAAUUUUUCGUAACUCCAGCCAUUAAAAAUGUGUCGCUGUUGUCAAAAUUGCUGGGAAGAUUUCUAUUGGAAUUGUUUUGAGGAAAAAUUUUGUUAUGAUGAAUCUAUUGCCAAUUACAAUCCCGAAGAAGAUGAGCAAUAUUUAGCAACACAAAAAAAUGGCAAUGUUUUGGGACGCAUACAGCCAGCGGACAAUAACAAUUUAACCGUACCACAAAUAAUUGUUGAUCAACCAUUAAGAAGGGGAAACUCAUCGGCUUUAUUCAGUAAUGGCAAAAUUGAUGAAGAAGUCUAUAGACGUGAAACCCAAACAAAUGUACCCAUGUUGGGACCCGAAAUCCUGGCCGUAUUUGCCAAUUCACAAAUAUUCCAGGAUCAUCAGCCAACAAAAUUGAAUCGCAUCAAUACCAAGAUAAAUUUAGCGGGUAUACACUCUCCUAAACGUGAAAUACCCACCACGCCGAAGGAAAGCGAUCAGGAUCGUUUGCUGAGACGUUUGGAAGCUAACUUAAAUGGCGACACUUUGGACUCACCCAAACUAACAGACACAGAUUCUACAAAGACCAUUAGUGAGGCCAGUAAAGUUACUUCACCCGAAAAACGUAUAACCUUUACACUAAGCACCGAUUCUUCGCCCGAAGGCAGUCAAACAUUGUCACCGAAAAAAUUCGAUUCCAUAGCUGAAGAGGAAACCGUUAUACCCGAGGGUGAAGUAGACGAAGUUAUAUUGAGACCACGUUUAAUCGACAGACAUCCACAUCUAUUGCCUAGUGCAGCAUUGGGUACUACACCUCGAAAAAUAUUGCGUAGCGCCAAGAGUGUGCCGCACUUUAAUGUACGUGCGGCAGCCAGUGAAACUGAUAUCUUUUCCAUAACUGGCUCGGGCAAUACCAUUAGUAUGACACCAGAAGUACCAUCUAUUUCUUUCAGUAAUUUACCUAAAAAUUACGAAGACACUCCUACCAUUGAGAAGUAUAGAGUGUCACAGAGUUUAUAUUCCAUACAGACGGCUAAUGAGGCCAAACUUAAUUCGGUGGAUUAUUCUAUGCCCCGGUAUUUCCGUAAAUCAGCUAUGAUAUCACAAAGUACCGAAAUUUUGGCAAGUGGUAAUGUUACACCUUCCACUUCGUCGUCUCGCGAAGAUGUGCGAAGACCUGAGAAAGAGAAGAGUAAACGUUUGCAAAUGUUAAGAGGAGCUUUGCCACCACUCUUAAUACACUCCGUUUCAUUCCGUAAGACCCGAGAUGAGAGUAAGCAAGUGGAUUAAAGACAGUUUUCGUUUGGUAUUACUUUUUACAAUAACUUAUGCUAUUCACUGUAAAUUUAUUUGGCCAAUAACAGUAUGAUUGUUUAUUUCUUGUUUUAAAAUGUAAAUAAAUUUUGUUAAAUUUAUAUAUUUAUCCAUGAUAUUAAGUAAAUUAUGUACUUAUGCUUUCUUUUUCACAAUUUUUUAAUAGUUUUAAGAUUAUUAUACAUAUUUUUGAAAAAAAAAAAA